CUUGACAUUGGUGAGUAGGUUGAGCUACAUCCCUAUCUUUCCUCAUCACACCCUAUACUUUACAUAUAAGCGAUGAAAACUUUGAUGGCGAUCAGUUCUUCAUAAUACACAGUGAAUCUCACCACACCACAACAAUGAAAGUUCUGGUGAUCAUCUGCGCCUUUUCUCUGAGUUUGGCUGUUGAGGAUGGUCGAUACGUGCCUGAUAAUUCAGGACAAUACGUUCCGACCGACGAAGGACAAUACAUUCCUGAUUACUCAGGAAGGUACACUCAUGAUGGAACCGGAGGGUACAAGGAUGACGGUACUGGGAGAUACAGUGGCCAAUUAAAUGGAGUGAGCAGCAAUUUGUUGACUUCAAACACAAAACCUCGCCUUGUAAUCCAGCCUGUGAUAGACGUGAGAACUGCAAGGAGUAGCACCAUUCGGCCCUCCACUUACCCACCUACAACUCGCCAGCCUCUAAAGACUUACGAAAACCACCAAGAGGGCAAGUGGAAAAUUAUAAGGCAGCUAGGAGAUGUCGAUACUGACGGUUAUCACUGGGAAUAUGAAACCGAAAAUAAAAUUCAAGCUGAAGAAUCAGGAAAGCUCCACAAUGUGGGCACUGAUGCUGAAACUAUGCGAGCUAAGGGUUUUUAUCAAUAUACAGGCCCUGACAAUGUCGUCUACACUGUGGAGUACACAGCUGAUGAAAAUGGAUUCUUUCCUGUAGGAAAUCAUCUGCCUACGCCACCACCAAUUCCGGCGGAACUUCUGAAAGCUUUGGAAGCGGACAGAGCGCAAAAUAAAAUCUAAUGUGAAUAAUUACCGAGGGCGAAAUUAUUAAAGGGACUUAUUUGACCAGUAUUUGGAGUAAUUUUUGUGUAUAAAGACCAAAUCAUAGUUUGCUCAAUCUUAAGAAAUACGUAUUGUAUGCCAUUUCAUUUUCAAAUUCAUUUAGACUAUUUCAUGUUAAUGUAUUACUGUAGGCAAUUUGGAACAACAAUUUACUUAAAAAUGUCUUUCCUUCUCUGUGAUCUCAAAAUUUCUUCAUGUAUACCCAAAUGAAAUAAAAUAAAAUUCUAGUUUUAAUAA